UUAGAUGAACAAAAAGAUGAUUUAGAAAAGUUAACAGCUUAUGAAUGUGGAUUUAAUCCUUAUGAUGAUGCUAGAAAAAGUUUUGAUGUAAAAUUUUAUCUAGUAGCUAUUCUUUUUAUUAUUUGUGAUUUAGAAGCUGUUUUUGUUUUUCCUUGGGUUUUAACUUUAAGUUCAAAUUUUUCAUGGGGAUUGAACGGAUUUGUUAAAUUU